UAAAACCAUUAGCGAUGAUGAAUGUCAAGAUAUAUUUAUUUUAAAUGUAUUGCAAUUGUUAUUUGAAUUGACAUUUAGUCAUUUAUAUAAUUAUAAACAUCUUACCAUUUUUUCCGAAGAGACUUGUACGAAAAUGGAUACGAAAGAGCCUCCUUUGGCUUUAGAAAAUGGCUUGGAUUUAGGCAAACUUUUUACAACGGGUUCUGUUCUUCAUAUAAAUGAAGAUUAUGAUGACACAGAAUAUCAUGCUAUAUUUGAGAAUAAUGAAGACAAAAUAAAUGAUUAUAUUGGAGGGCCAGUGUCUUCAUUUGAGGUAUUUGAGAAACAAUUGAAACCAGUAGAUGAAAAUGGACUUGUCAAGAAAAAGAUUUUGGAGGAAGGUGGGGGAUUACCUUUAAAUAAAGGAUGCACUGUUUCCUUAAUUUUUUCAGGUUAUUGGGAAAAUGAGACUGAGCCUUUUGACUAUACUAAAUCAUAUAAACCUCUGGUAGUAAAUCUUAAUGAAAAUGGCUUGCUACCGGGUAUACAAAUGGCCAUAGAAUCCAUGUUGGUUGGUGAGAUGGCUGUGUUUCACUUGUCAUAUGUAGUUAUGUAUGGACAAAUGGGUGUCCCACCUCGAAUAAAACCUAAAGCUGAUUGUAUUUUUUAUAUAAAGCUUAUAAAAAGUAUCAACACACCUAAAGAGGGGAAACUAGAUUUUUCGGAGUCUAAUAUAUUUGAUAGAGUUCAUCAUGAAGUUAAAGUGCUAUAUAGCUUAGGUGUAACAUUACAUAAAACAAAAAACUUUACUGCGGCAAUACAGUCUUUUAGGAAGGCAAUUAAUAUGUUACACAGAUGUAGAUUGGCUGAUGAAAAAGAGGAGAACAUACAAGAAAAACUAUUAAUCAAAUUGUAUAUCAAUUUAUUGGUUUGUUAUAAUGAAACAAAACAGCCCCUGAAAUCCUGUACAAUAUGUAAGGAGCUUAAUAGGUUAAACAGCCUUUGGAAUAAUGUAAAAGCUCUUUUUCAUAACGCUAAGGCAUUGAGAAUGAUUGGUCAGUUUGACGCAGCACAAAAAAGGUUAAAACGAGCACUUCAGCUUUGUCCUGAUAAUGAGAAAAUAAUUGCUGAAUUAACAGUUCUUACUAAGACAAGAGCUUCAUGUAAUCAAGCAAAACUUGUUGAAAAUAAAAUUUUAGACUCAAAUAUAAUAAAUGAUUCAUUUAAAACAGAAGUAGACAAUCUAAUAAAGAAUUUCAAGGAAAAUGUUAAUAUAUGUAAACUUACCCUACCUGAUAAUUUAAAUGCAGCUGAGAUGGAUUAUAUUAAAGAAACUUGCAUAAAAGAAAAUUUGUUCUGUAAUCAAAUUCAGAAAGAUUAUUUAUUGGAUAAAGAAGAACAGGUUCCUAUAGAAUCAAAGAUUGAUUUAUUCAUUUGAAGAAAUAAACAUAGUCAGAAUUUUUGUACUAGAAAGAAAAAAAAUUGGUUGUGUGAUGAUGAACAAAUGAAGAAUAUGAAACUGUGCAACAUUUUGUUACAAUUCAUAAUAAAGUUACAUUAUGUAUCC